CCCAAACCCGGAUAUUCUUCUAUAUAUACUCCCUUAGGGAGUUCUUGUAAACCUAAUUUCACAAUUCACUAUUCAUUCAUCUUCUUCCUCACAUUAGCUCAAAUCUCUCCAUUUUAAUAUACUUUGGAUACCCUAUAAUCCAUCAAUGGUGCUCUCGUUGAGAGAUUAGAGCAAAAUCAAGUUAGAUUUCUCCCAAAAAAUCUCCAAAAAUUCAUCCAAAAUACCAGAAACAUUUCUGCCUAAACUGUUCUGGGAAAAUUCCAGAAAAAUCAGCCUGAAAAUAAAAAAAAACAACAAAAAAGCGUCUCGGAUCUCUCGCCGGAGACAUCCUCGCCGGAAAGAUCUGAACCGCCGAGCACUGCCGACCCCAUCUGCCCUCUGCCGGUGCACCUGCUGAGGUUUGGGACGUCGUACCCGGCCUCGUCGCCAUCGUUCCGAACCCAGCACCGUCGUCGCUCAAGUCCUGCCGGUUCCCGUCUAGAUCUGCGCCCACCUAUUUGUCCGCAGCGUGGUGGAGGUUGAUGCUCAACAAAUCACCUCCGGUAUCCUGUUGGUUGCCUUCGCCACUAGAGGAUCGGACCUGGGCCACUCCGUAGUCAUCUGACUCGGUCACUCGAGCUUAAGCUUAAACACCCGCCAUUAAUGGCAGCCAAGAGCUUCGGGAUUGACAUGACGUGAACAGGUGCACGCGAACAGGACGCGAACAGGACGCGAUCUUCCGGCAGGCGGAGGGACUCUCACGCCGAAUCUAUCUCCGCCGGAGGGUCUCACCGCCAUCUUCCUCAGGAGCUGUGGACGACCCCCUGGGCAAACUACGGUAGCUACGUGCUAAUUGAUCUGCGACAGUUUGGCCUCUUGCCAAACGUGGAAGGAGCCACAGGCAAAGGACUAGGUCAAAAUUGUUGAUGGAGCUGCCCAAUGAGGAAUUAAGACCCAAUUUCUACAUGGGUCCAUCAUUUCAGCCCAGGCAGCCCAUUACUUCAACCCCAAGAUUAAUUCUCAAAAGCUGAUGGCCUCAAUCACAGCAACAUAUUUCAGCCCAUUAUUUUGGCCUAAAUAAGAGCUAAGUGCCCAAUCCUCCUAUUUAUACACUUACAAUAUUUAUUAAGUGAUAGUAGUAUAAUUAUUACUAUUAUUAAUUAUAUUAUUUCCACCACUAUUAUGGCGGGUUAAAAACCCCCAAGGUGGUGAAGACCAUUAUGAGGGAUUAAAAUUUCCCGAGGUCGCUAAUGAUGCAUUAUUAUUGGCAUUAUUAUUUUUAUCAUCACCAUUAGAGCGGGUUAAAAACCCCAGAGCGGUGAACCCGAGCUCUAGUCUACUAAACAUCUUUAUUUGAUGAUUUGAAUUAUAUUUGGGUCAUUCGACCUACCCUAGCCACCUUUAUUUGGUGACUCGGGCAUCUAAAAAUGAGAGCCGCUACCGGCCGCACAUGGCAUUAUGCCCGAGAGCGGUGAACGGUACACCUCGUUCUCCGAGACGCUAAUCGCGUCGCCCAAAAGCCGUUGCCAUGAACAACGCACCUAUUGUAUUCCGCUUAUUUUUUGGAAAUGUAAGUAGAAGAUACCACUUGUCGUAUCAGGAGCCUUCGAGCGAAAGGCUCAGGUCUGCUCCACUUUGUAUUUUGUAUCAGCGAAAGGCUCAGGCCCAGCUGAGAGAGCACGUCGUAUCGGCCCCUUAGAGCGAAAUGCUCAGGCAGGGCCGACGAUGUCCCCAGGACGACGGGCCCGCAAACUGCCCCCGUCUUGAAAUGGGAAGUUCACCGCGUCGUCCACGCGCCGGAUCGCAGGACGACAGGCCUGAAAUCAUGGCCGAGGUGACAAAAUCCCCAAACUCAGGGUCGGGCAACGGCAGCCGUUGGAAACCAACCAAAAGUCUAGCCCGCGUCAUAAAUAGGCGACGGGAACCCCCUGAGAUCACGGACGUUAUAAACGAAGUCCGAACCGGCCGAAGGACUAGCGACCCCUUCGGCCGAAGCCUGAAAGAAGGACACUCCCUGAAACGGGGAACGAAAAAAAAAGGGAAAAGAAAAGGAAAAAGAAAAAAUAAAAGAGGGAAGCUGAGGACCGCGCGCACUCGCCGGCCUCGAGCAACAAAAAAUGAAAUCCCCACAACAAUACUAAGUACAUAUCAGGCAAAUACUACACAUUAUGGACGAAGCAAGACCAUACAUGCGGAUUUGACGAGCGCCCAGCGCCGUCCAUCAUCUGAGACGAGCGCCCAGCGCCGUCCAUCAUCUCAGACGAGCGCCCAGCGCCGUCCCUCAUUUCAGACGAGCGCCCAGCGCCGUCCAUCAUCUCAGACGAGCGCCCAGCGCCGUCCCUCAUUUCAGACGAGCGCCCAGCGCCGUCCAUCAUCUCAGACGAGCGCCCAGCGCCGUCCAUCAUCUCAGACGAGCGCCCAACGCCGUCCAUCAUCUUAGACGAGCGCCCAGCGCCGUCCCUCAUUUGUUAGACGAGCGCCCAGCGCCGUCCCUCAUUUUCAGACGAGGGCCCAGCGCCGUCCCUCAUAUUCAGACGAGCGCCCCGCGCCGUCCCUCAUCUCAGACGAGCGCCCAGCGCCGUCCAUCAUCUCAGACGAGCGCCCAGCGCGUCCAUCAUCUCAGACGAGCGCCCAGCGCCGUCCAUCAUUUGAGACUAGCGCCCAGCGCCGUCCCUCAUCUCAGACGAGCGCCCAGCGCCGUCCUUCAUUCUUAGACGAGCGCCCAGCGCUGUCCCUCAUUUUUUAGACGAGCGCCCAGCGCCGUCCCUCAUUUUCAGACGAGCGCCCAGCGCCGUCCCUCAUUUUUUAGACGAGCGCCAGGCACCGUCCCUCAUGUUCAGACGAGCGCCCAACGCCGUCCCUCAUUUCAGACGAGCGCCCAACACCGUCCCUCAUCUCAGACGAGCGCCCAGCGCCGUCCCUCAUCUUCGGACCAGCUCCACCGUCCUACAUGUUCGGUCCAGCGCCAACGCCUUGCCACGUUAUCAUAUUAUAGGACCGGCUCCUCAUCGCCGUUGUCCUCACAUCACGACCGGCCCCUCGGCCUCGUCGUGACCAUCUAUCUCAAGACCGGCUUCCUCAGCGCCACGAGUCUUGAGCCAGCGAUCGGGCUCGCCAUCCCUUCCCGGAUGGUGAUCAUCGCCUCUAUAUGAUGAUCGGCUUCACCAUCGCCUCGUCAUCAUUAUUUGUAGGCCUCUGAGCCACAUCUUGCUCCGUCAUCUUUAUUUGAUGACGCGAAGCUUAGUUGCAGGCCCAUCGGGCAUAUAUCGCCUCGUCAUCUUUAUUUGACGACGCGAAGCUCAUUUACAGGCCCCUCGGCCGCACCAUCACCCCGUCGUCUUUAUUUGACGACGUGGAGCUCUUAUGGAGGCCCCUCGGCCGCACCAUUGCCCCGUCGUCUUUAUUUGACGACGUGGAGCUCUUAUGCAGGCCCCUCAGCCGCACCAUCACCCCGUCGUCUUUAUUUGACGACGUGGAGCUCUUAUGCAGGCCCCUCGGCCGCACCAUCACCCCGUCGUCUUUAUUUGACGACGUGGAGCUCUUAUGCAGGCCCCUCGGCCGCACCAUCGCCCCGUCAUCUUUAUUUGACGACGUGGAGCUCUUAUGCAGGCCCCUCGGCCGCACCAUCACCCCGUCUUCUUUAUUUGACAACGUGGAGCUCUUAUGCAGGCCCCUCGGCCGCACCAUCGCCCCGUCGUCUUUAUUUGACGACGUGGAGCUCUUAUGCAGGCCCCUCGGCUGCACCAUCGCCCCGUCGUCUUUAUUUGACGACGUGGAGCUCUUAUGCAGGCCCCUCGGCCGCACCAUCGCCAUGUCGUCUUUAUUUGACGACAUGGAGCUCUUAUGCAGGCCCCUUGGCCAUACAUCGCCUCGUCGUCCUUAUUCGACAACAUGGAGCUCUCGUACAGGCCUCUCGGCCCAUCGGCCUUACGUUCUGGUCAUCUUUAUUUGAUGAACCAGACAUCAUAUUGUGGACGGUCGCUCGACCCAUCCCUUAGUCAUCUUUAUUUGAUGACUAGGACUACUGAUCAUGAUGAGCUACCCACAUCUAGAGAUCGGCCUCGACCAUCCCCCCAGCGGACGGGCACCGUUGCAGCUCCAUCUCCAGGCCGAAGGGUUUGCACCUUUUGUUUCAUUUUGGGGGCAUCCGGUGUACUCUUUUUCCCUCAUUAGGAUUUUUUCCCACAGGGUUUUUCCUAAUGAGGUUUUUAACGAGGCAUCUCCCCAUCGUGGAUCAAAAGGUGUCAACCCUCGGCCCCCUGUUGAAGACAUCAUCCGACACGCAUUACUCUACUCCUCUUCACCUCAUUACACUCGCCUCAAGGAGUGGGGGACUGGAAGAGCGGGGGACUUAGCGCCUCCGUUAACUAAAGAAGCAGAAAUUCAAAUUUUUGUUCAUGAAGUUUACUCACCAGACGUCGACAGAUCAGCACACAGUUCUACUCUCUUUCGCCUCGAAUACUCUCGACUCAGAGAGUGGGAGACUCCUGAUAGAGUAUAUAGACUCGGACCCCCCGGGUCUCACGACUAUUGGACCCGGACAGUGGCCCACGUACACUCAGCUGAUAGCAUUUUCAUUAUUGUACAUUAUUAUUAUUAUUCAGGUGUUCUAGAUUAGCCUUUUAUAUUAUCAGUCCAUUUAUGUAACCGAGUCUGUCAGGCCCAUAUUAGAGGCCCAGACCCGGAUAUUCUUCUAUAUAUACUCCCUUAGGGAGUUCUUGUAAACCUAAUUUCACAAUUCACUAUUCAUUCUUCUUCUUCCUCACAUUAGCUCAAAUCUCUCCAUUUUAAUAUACUUUGGAUACCCUAUAAUCCAUCAAGUAUAAUAGAUUUAUAUGAUUGGAUAGUUAAUUUUUUUCAUAAUUCAACAUAUAUAUGCAGUCAUUUCAAUCAGUAUUUCGUCAAUUGCAAUAUAUUUAAUUGAUUCAACCAAUUUUACCAAACAUGAUUUAGAGAAAUUAAUAAUUGAAAUUUCUCUAAUUAAUUGCACCUUUUAGAAGACUUAGAAAACAGUUGUCCCAAAUUCUUGCCUCUAUAGGAUGUUUUUUACUUGGAAAAAAAUUGUCUGUUCUGGUCUGUUCUGAUCUGAUAUGAUAAAUGUCUGGUCUAUGUGCAUUUUAUAACUAUCCAAGUCUCGUUUGGUCUAAACUGAACUGGUCUAGUCUGAUUUCAUCUGAUUUGAUCUUGGACUAAAAACAUUCCAAGUAAAAAUAUCCCAAAUCAUAUAUUAGGGGGUGACUAUACUUUUGUAAUAAACGUUUAUAGGCGACCCUAAAAAGAUAGCUUCAAAUAAGACUUUUAGGGGCAAUUAUGCAUUUAGAGGCAACUCUAGCUAAAAGGGUUGUUCCAAACAAUACUCCGUACAUUUUAGUGACAAAGAAACUACGAUUGUCUUGUUCCAAAUAAUACCUUUUAAAAAUAUGUUCUCUUCGUCUGAUCUGAAUGUUUCUGAUCUGAAUUUUUUAAGAUCUGAUCAUAUUUGAUUUGAAUUUUCUGAUAUGAUCUUAAUCUUUCUGAUCUGAUCUGAAUCUUUCUGAUCUGAUCUGAUCUGAAUCUUUCUAAUCUGAUCUGAUCCGAUCUGAAUUUUUCUGAUCUGAUCUUAAUCUUUCUGAUCUGAUCUGAUCUGAUCUGAUCUGAAUCUUUCUAAUCUAAUCUGAUCUGAUCUGAAUUUUUCAGAUCUGAUCUGAAUGCUUCUGAUCUGAUCUGAUCUGAAUCCUUCUGAUCUUAACUUUCUAAACCGGUAUAUAAUAAUAUUAGUACUAAUAAUAAUUCUAAUAAUAAUAUCAAUAAUAAUAAUAAUAAUAAUAAUAAUAAAUAAUAUUAAUAAUAAUUAUAAUAAAUUAAUAAUAAUAAUAACUAUUAUUAUAAUAAUUAUAUUUAUUUAAUAAUAAUAAUAAAAUAAUAAUAAUAGUAAUAAUAGUAAUAAUAAGAAUAAUAAUAUUAACAAUAGUAAUAAUAAUAAUAAUAGUAAUAAUAAUAAUAGUAAUAAUAAUAAUAAUAAUAAUAAUAAUAAUAAUAAUAAUAAUAUAUUUGAUAAUAAUAGAACGUUUCCAAUUUGCUAUGAAUGUUUCUGAUCUGGUCUGAUCUGAAUGUUUCUGAUCUGAUCUGAAUGUUUCCGAUCUGAUCUGAUCUGGUCUGAAUGUUUCUAAUCUGAUCUGAUGUGAUCUGAUCUGAAUCUUUCUGAUCUGAUCUAAUCUGAUCUGAAUUUUUCUGAUCUGAUCUGAAUUUUUCUGAUAUGAUCUGAUCUGAAUUUUUCUGAUAUGAUCUGAUCUGAAUAAAAUAAGAAUAAACAAUAAGUAAUAAGAAUAAGACGAACAGAACAGCACCUUAGUGUCAAAAAAUGACGAUUGUCUCAAAUGUAUCGAGAGAAUAUAAGAUUAGAGGCAACCAAUAUUUUAUGACGUUGAAAAGCCUUUUAGAGGUAAAUUGCUUCAAAGUGUUGCCUGAUUUAAAAAUGUGAUAUGCAUAUUUGUAAUUGAAGCCCGUUUUGUUGACAAAAGACCACGUUUGUUGAAAAACUCGUGCCAAAAGUGUGAUCGGAGACUAAAUAUUUGCCGUGAACGACUUGCCGUAGUCAUUAAAAAAAACCAUGUUUGUGUCUAUGUAGGGAAAAUGACCAAAAAUGACACUGACGUUGUUUAGCAAUCACAGAUAGGACACUGAAGUUUAAACUGGACCAUUUAAACACAUAAGCCACCUGUUUGGGUUACAUUUGGCCACUCUCUAACCGAGCCGUCCAUCUGUCGUUAACUCUCUCCUCCCCCCAAUGAAACGCUACCCAACAAUUCCUCAGCAACCCUAAUAAAAACGAUCAACCACUUCCAGCCUCUCAGAGAUCAUAUAACAACAACAGAGAAAUGGGUGAUGGAGGUUCACGUUCGAGGUGGACUGGUGAAGAGAAAUCAAGCUCUUUCUUCGUUGAAUCAGUGAAGAAGCGAAGCAACUUAGAAUCUGGAACUCCUACUCGUUCCACCUAUUGUAAAUGCAGAAACAUGAAUGAAAUGGUUACAGAAGCUAGACUUUGGACCUCAUGGACUGAUAAGAAUCCUGAGAGACGAUUCUAUGGAUGCCCAUAUUAUAAGAAGGAGGGGUGCGGUUUCUUUCAAUGGCAUGAUGAGCAAUUGACAAAUAGAGCGAAAGAUGUGAUAAAUCAGCUGAAAUGGAAGAACAAAAGGCUUAGGGGUGCACUAUGUCAACGAAAUGGCAAAGGGGGGAUGUUUGAUGACACUGCAGGGCUAGAAUUUGAUACUGAAAGUGCUAGUGCUAGGUUCCCUCUUCCUUUUCACCUUCUUUCUUAAUUGGCCUGAUGUGACAGCAGGGCUACCCUUCCAUUGCAAACCAAGGGCUUUGAAAGGAUCAUGUGGCAUCUCAGCUUGCUCCUCAGAUACAACAUGUUCACUCCUCAUCCCAGGCUGCAAAACCAAGAGGGCACUAUUGAUCAUGGAUUAUGGCUGCAAACACCUGUACAUCCUAUAUGUAUUUUGACGUAUUCUGAUGCUGAUUGGGUGGGCUGUCCAGAUAGUUCUCGAUCUACUACAGGUUUUGCAGUGUUCUUGGUCCCUAACCUUGUGUCAUGGAAGUCCAAGAAGCAGCCUACAGUGUCCAAAUCAUCUACAUAUGAAGAAUAUUGUGCCAUUGCUUAUACAGUACAAGACAUAUUACACAUUAGAUCCGUCCUUUUUGAACCUGGCUUUCCCGUCCAUACUCCGGUACAACUCUUCUGUGAUAAUAUUUAUGCCUCCUAUUUGACGGUUAAUCCUGUUCCGCAUGCUCGAAGCAAGCACAUUCAGAUCGACUAUCAUUUUUCGUGAGAGAGUCGCACAUAAUGAUUUAGUAGUGAAAUAUGUGCCUACUCAUCUUCAAUUUGAUUUUUACUAAGAGUUUAUCUAGUUACCAGUUUCAUUUUUUAAAAGACAACCUGCGCGUUGUAUCUCUCGCACAGCUUGAGGGGGUGUAAUAGCUGAUAUAUUUUAUGAAUCCUUGUGUAUUUAUUAACUGAUAUUUUAUUAUAAAUAUACCUACCAGGGUUCCUAAGAGAGUAACCAUUUCCC